UUCUGUCUACCCCAAUCUUGGCUUGGCAGGUCAGACUAGAGCUUUUGGAAUCCAGAAGAACCUAUAAAUGAAUUCUGGAUUUCGGAUAGUCACAUAGAAAAAGGAAAAAACAGAGAAAGCAAGGGAAAUAAUAUUUUUGUAGUGUAUAUUCACUAUUGAAUUGAAUUACCAAGAACAAAAGAAAGAAUUCUCCUUUCAUGAGUUCUCUUUUCUACAUAGCUGGUGCUCAGUUCCCAAAUGAUAACUAGUCAGAGUACGCCCUUCUGCCAUCCUCUACGUCUUUUGCGAAGUGCCAAGUUUUGCUCAUGACAAGAUUCCUCUACUGCUGUCUCAAUGACAAGCUUCCAAAUAAGUUAGUGUUAUAUUGUAUAUUUGUAAAAGGCUUAGUUACUUUUGGUUGUACCAAUGUCAUUUGCAAAACGGCCAAGUUUUGUUCAUGCUGAAAUUUCUCUACUACUGUUUCGAUGACAGGCUUCCAAUUAAGUUAGUGAUGUACUAGAUAUCUAUAAAUGGUUUGAAGUUGUUUGAUAUUGAUUUUGAGCUAGGCUAUAUUAGAUGUCAAAUACACAACUUGUGAUUUAUCAAGUAAUAUCUUUUUUUUGAAGGCUUAUUUACUUCUUUAUUCCUCCUUUUCCAUCCGUAAGUACCUUUUGCUCCAUAAUGUAGCAAUACCACCACAUACACAACAUGUUGGAACGCUCGAAAAGUUUAACUUUUUGCCAAAAUUGAUAAUGAUUAUAUGGCAAAAAGGUGUUUGUUGUCUCAUAAUCCCAUGCUUUUGUUCCUGUCCUAAAGAAAUUAAUUUUGUAGGUAUCACUCCCUAUGUUCAUAUAAUGGUGAUGAUGACAUGUUCAGUUCUGACCUGAGUGAAGACCAGUUGAAGAUGAGGCUGGGGCAUAUGUCUAACACACAUUGUCAGGUUAUAUUUUCAAUGAGUGACGAAUAUGUGCCAGAUUACGUUGAUAAGAAAGCUCUUGUUGAGCGGUUAUGCAGAGCGAUGGGAGGAGCAGAGAAAGUAGAGAUCGAAUAUGGAAAUCACUCCCUCUCUAACAGAGUUGAAGAAGCUGUUGAUGCUAUUAUUGAUUUCUUAAAAAGAGAGGGACCCAAAGGCUGGGAUGAUCCAUGGAGUUAAUUGGAUGUCUCUAUCAAUUUUCAAUGCCCCCCUUUUUUUUUAUUAUUAUGAUAGUUUUGAUUUCCUUCUGUCAAUCUUUUUUUUUCUCCCAUAUAUAUUUUUUUGGGGUGGAGGGUUUGAAUUUGUUGGGGUAGCUAUUUGCAGCCUUAGUUUUUUGUUGAUAUAACAAAUGUUAAUAUUUAUAAUCUCAGAAGAGAAGUGGUAUAUCUGUUUUUUCAAUUUAUUAUUUUAUACC